AUCAUUUUUCCAAAAAAAAAAAAAUUGAAACCUUUCUGGGUUCAGGCCAAUGGCAAUGCCAUAGUAGCUUCUUGCGUGUUAUGAAGCUGCCGGUUGAAUGCGCACGCAACAAAGCACUAGAAACUCAACAGACCACAAAUCGAGUGAGUAUACCGGGAUACUGUCCUUAGUUCCGCAUCUUAGGAUUUCCAGCAUUUCCGCCAUUUUAGUUCUUACAGAGUAAGAGAGAAUGUAUGGUGGUUCAAGCGACGGCGAAAGCCAUGAAGCGCCCGGACAGAGGAAGAUCCCACCAGCUUCGUCGAUGUUGUGGGUGCGCAAUUUGCGCCGUUUCAUUGGAUCUGGUGCCGGACUUGGCUCUGAAGCUUUGAUGGAGCUUGAAACGAAGAGAAUUUUGCUAGAUAUUUUUAAAGAUAAGCAACAGAAGAGUUCUGAAGCUGGUGCAAUUCCAAGCUUCUACAAAAAGAAACCAGAAGAAGGAUCUAUCAGUUCUAGAGUGCAGAGGCUUGCAAAGUAUCGAUUUUUGAAGAAACAAUCAGAUCUAUUGCUUAAUGCUGAUGAUUUGGAUGCCAUGUGGGUUUGCUUAAGAGAGAACUGUGUGAUUGAUGAUGCUACUGGUGCUGAAAAGAUGAAUUAUGAAGACUUUUGUCAUAUUGCUUCAGUAUGUACGGAGCAAAUUGGUCCUAAAUGCCGACGUUUCUUCAGUCCCUCAAAUUUCAUGAAGUUUGAGAAAGAUGAACAGGGGAGAAUUGCCAUCCUUCCAUUCUACCUUUAUGUGAUGCGAACAGUUUCGCUAACUCAGGCAAGAAUUGAUAUGAGUGAGCUCGACGAAGAUUCUGAUGGCUUUCUUCAACCACAUGAAAUGGAGGCUUACAUUAGAGGGCUCAUACCUAACUUGGCACAACUGCGUGAUAUGCCUGCUGCCUUUAUGCAAAUGUAUUGCCGGAUAGCCGCACAUAAAUUCUUUUUCUUCUGUGACCCACACAGACGAGGGAAGGCUUGCAUAAAGAAAGUGCUCCUAAGUAACUGUUUGCAAGAAUUGAUGGAACUACACCAGGAAAGCGAGGAGGAAGUCACUGACACUGAACAAGCUGAAAAUUGGUUCUCCUUGACUUCUGCACAGCGCAUUUGUGACAUGUUUCUGGCACUUGACAAAGAUAUGAAUGGAACCUUGAGCAAGCAAGAACUCCGAGAAUAUGCAGAUGGAACACUGACAGAUAUAUUUAUUGAGAGGGUUUUUGAUGAGCAUGUACGCCGCGGGAAAAGUGGAGGAGGAAAUACUCGGGAGAUGGAUUUUGAGAGCUUCUUGGACUUUGUUCUUGCCCUUGAGAACAAAGACACUCCUGAGGGAUUGACGUACUUGUUCAGAUGUCUUGAUCUUCAUGGAAAGUCUCAUUUAACAACAGCUGAUGUCCACACACUUUUCAGAGAUGUACACCAGAAAUGGAUUGAGGGGGGUAACUAUGAAUUAUGUAUCGAAGAUGUGAGGGAUGAAAUCUGGGAUAUGGUGAAGCCUAUGGAUCCCUUGAAGAUAACAUUACAGGAUUUACUCUCUUGUAAGCAAGGUGGUACAGUGGCCAGCAUGCUUAUAGAUGUCCGAGGUUUCUGGGCACAUGACAAUAGAGAAAAUCUUCUCCAAGAAGAAGAAGAACCAGAGGAAGAGGGAUGACUUUAGGGUUAUUAACACUAUAUACCUUUGUUGUAUCUACAUGUGUAAAUUUUAUUGCCACAAUAUGUUAGUACUUGUGUGUAUCGAUUGAGGAAAUCUAGGUGUAUCAUUCUAUGAUCUUCGAAGGGUAUGAUGAGAUUGAGUGAAGUUGACUAGUGCAAUUCCUCUAUUUGUACUCCCUCCACUCGAUAAUUAUUAGAAUCUCUCUCUUACUUGAAUGGUUCUCAUUAAUUGCAAUUUCAUCUUUUUUGGUAA